AUGGCAAUACACCCCAGCAUAAAACCCCAACACAAUUCCACCUUUUCUGGGCAGGGAGAAAGAACCAAAGAGAGACAUUCAGAGUCUGCUGUGUUAGAGCCUUUUCCCUUCUCUCUCCCUUCCUCCAUAGCCUGUCUGCUCCAGGCUGAACUGGUGAACUAUGAGCGAGUCAAGGAGUAUUGCCUCAAAGUCCUGAAGAAGGAAGGAGAGAACUUCAAGGCCCUUUACCGGUCUGGUGUGGCCUUCUACCACCUUGGAGACUAUGACAAAGCCCUCUACUACCUGAAAGAAGCAAGGACCCGACAGCCAACAGACACCAACGUGAUUCGGUACAUCCAGCUGACGGAGAUGAAGCUCAGCAGAUGCUCCCAGAGAGAGAAGGAAGCCAUGUAACAGCUGCUGCCGCCCCAGAGCCAGGACUCCCAGGCAGCCCCCCGUGAAGCGCCCCUCCUGGGUUUUGUUCCCUUCUCCCCACCUCCUCCGGCUGCCCCUCAACAACCUGUCUGCUCCCAGUGUGAAAAGAAGGAGACAUGCAGGUUUGGAACCUGGCGGGUUGCCUGCCAUGGAGACACCCCUUCUCUAGCAGGCCAGCUACUGAGAGGGACCUGACUUCUUCGGGGACAGCCGGAGAGGACUCUUACAGGGCCGAGAGUGCUGUCGCAGCUUUGACUUUGGCCCGUGCUUCUGACAGAGGCAGAGCCUGCUGGGUGUACCAGCCCAACGGCAGCAAGCACGGAGCCCAUGGGCUGGACCCCUCCACACUUUGCCGACAGACCCGAGCAUCUCAAGGCAACCGUGACAACUCCAGGGAGGAGAGAAAUACCAGACGCCUCGGGUGAAGCCAGCAGACCAUGAAUUUGUACACUGGAUUCCUCGCCCCCAGUCACCUCAGCCCCUGCCUCCCUCCCUCCACUUGUGGUCUGGGCCUGGCUUUCUUCUCUCCCCCUCGGGGAUCUGAGACUGCCAGGAUGCACAUGCCAUGGAAGCCCACUCUCCGUGCCCUCUGGUGACCACACAUACCAUUCUCCCAUACUCCCACCCAGCAGGCAGCUGCGACAGCUGGGCGGCAGGGUGAGGUGGGCCAAGGCUGAGCACUGAGCGCCGAGGUGAUGGAGGGGAGGGGCGAUGACAUCCUAGGGGAAGGAGCAUUGUAUAGCCUGCGGGAUCGAACUGUGGACUAAGUAAGUGUAAAUAAAAAUAAAUUAACAGGCAGCAGUUCCUGUCAUUUCUGUUGGAAGCAGCCCAUUCCCUCCCUCAACUCUGAGUCAGAGCUACGUACGGCUUCCCCCAAAGCAAGGGGCCAUUUGUCUGGUGGUAAACAAUGUUGGCUGCCGCCUUUGUGCAGUAGAGUGGGCUGGUGCUAUGGAGCCUGCCCAGGGACUUGGCUUUGUGGGAAUGUGUACAGCCUCCUUUUGAUGAAAUUAUCUGGACUCAAUAUCUAGCACAUAGAAUGUGUUCAACAAAUAUUUGUUGAAUGAAUAAAUUAUGACUGCAGACUGGC